GUUUUUGCACUCGGCGGACGCAAAAGGACGCAGGGCGCCAAACAGAUUUUAAUGUCAAUAAUAUUUCCGCGUCUAGUCUCCCACCUGCAAAAUUAAAAAUUAAAGCACUUAGAAUUCAUCCAGCUAAACUCGCAACUAACAUAAACGAUUUCAAAUCGCUGCAAACCUUUACUUGAUCGGAAAGAAGUCGAGUGCGGCUGCGGCGAUCGAUGUUAAAUAAGGGGGCGUGGCCAUAGGGGGCGCGGCAAAGUGGGCUCAACAAAAAAUUAUUUUGAAUUUUUUAAUUCUUAAUAAAUUGUUUAUGUCUCGUGACUUUUGUGGUCUGAAAAGCUGUAUUUGAAUUCCGGAAAUAUUGAGCUUUGAUUUUCCCUCUUUUUGUGAUCAUCAUGGUGUCUGGUGAACGCUGUGGCUAUAAUAUUAUUGAGAAGGACUGCAACGGGGACGUUUUAUGUACAUGGACGUACCCUUCCUCCACAAAUCAGCAGCGUGAACUGGCCUUGAGGAAAUGCAGAUUUGAAGGACCGGACACAAUAUUUUUGUAUGGACGAUGUGGAACUUUGUGGUACUACAUUUUCACAAACGAAUCACCAGACAUAGCCAAACUACCCAAAGUUCGGCAAUUUGCGAUUUGCGUAUGGUCUUCUGAAUUCAAUCCAGAAAUGUAUGAAGCACUUUCAAAAGUUAUGGCUAAUAAAUACAACAGAACUGGCAAUAAUGUUCUUGUUCUGGAGCUUUAUCUUGCCGCCACAACCAUCGGAGAAAUACAAGACUCUGAUUUUUCAUUCUCAAGCAAAGAUUUCCCUCAGUCCAUGAUAAGUCAGGGGUCUACAAACAUUAAAGAAAUAAUCUCAAAUUUUGGCCUCGAGACGAUUUUAAUCUACACAGCCGUUCUGCUGAAGAAAAGAAUUAUUGUCUAUCAUCAUGACAUGGCCACACUUCUCAAAACUGUCAGAUCACUGCCAGCUUUAGUGAGCCAUCGCGGUCUCUAUAGCAACAUUUUUCCUUGCGUUGAUCUUCAGAAAGAUGAAAUUUUCAGUCUGAAGAGCUGUGCUAAUUUUGUAGCCGGAUGCAGAGAUGCCAACGUUGCUUCGUCUGAUUUAUUUGAUGUUUUCGUUCAUCUUCCAGCAACAGAAAUUUCAAUCGCUCCCAGUGCUCGGGAGAGUAUGUCCAUGACCAGGGCCCACAAAGAAAUUGCCUUUUACCUCGUCCAGCUUUCUCAAAAUGAAAAUUUGAGCGAGCGCCAAGUUGUGACUGCAAUUUCCACCAAAACCAAUGAUCUUCUUGAGCAACUGAGAACACUCGCAACAACUAAAACAUCUGACGGAAAGUCCAUGGUUACACUAGAUUCUUUAAGAGCAAAGAAUUUGCCUCACGGGAUGGAAAACUUCUUGUUCAACUUGGCCAUUGCUGAGGACAUUAUGAUGGUUUAAAUUUCAAACAAAUUUGUUUAAUCUCAUACUUUCAAUUUUAAAUAUUUGUGAUUCUUAUAAGUAGUUAAGUUUCAAUUUAUUUUUUUAAAUUAUAUAGAUUUGUUAAUAAUGAUCCGUCGGCUAUUAUAGAUGUAUUAUUUUCCUAGGAAAGUAAUUUACGUAAAUGACUUAAUGUUGUAAUGUGCAUUCCAUUCCAUUCAACUUAAAUUUUCUUAUAAAUUUUUAUCGCAGUUUUGAUAAUUAAAGGAACCAAAGUAUAGAAAAUUUUGGUAAAUAAGUCAAAACUUAUGUAAAUAUUACAUAAUUUAAUGUAUUCAAUUUAUUAUAAACUUGUUGGUAUUUCUG